UUGUUAAUGUUUAUACAUAUGAACGAGAAAUAAGGUCAUGCCAGUCCAAUACCUUGUGAAAAGAAAGAAAUAUGUCGUCGCUGCCAGGUAGUUUUGGUAAGUUGACAGGUAUCAUAAAGGAAAACGGGACCUCCUUAUUCAACAUAGUGGUGAUUCUUAUCACAUUUGGUGGUCAGGAGAUCUUCAAGGUGGUCGUGUUCCAGUGUCCUUGUGUAUGGCCGCAAAACGUCGUCUAUGGCAGCCUGUUUCUGGCCGCGCCGGCACUCGGUCUUUUGACCAUAGGUCUUGUGUUAAGUCGUGCUCUCACUCGCCUUAUUACGGGGUGCUGCAAAACCACGGUGCCAUCUAAGGGUGCAGACAAGUGCUAUCUAGUGUGGGGUGUCAUUAGUCAAGCGUGUGUGGCGCCCUCUGCUUGGCUGUUUGUGGGUUUUUUAGAUGGAAGCUAUUAUUCGUGUGCUAAACAUCAAUUUCCCUGUUCAAAAAAUGCUACCGAACUAUUAAAGCAUGAAGCUCUGAAAUCCGAGUCCCAGAUGAUUUCGUGGUGUAUUCUUGUAGGCGGGGUGGCAACAGCUCUGACAGGAUUCUUAGUCCAGAGAAGUUGUAGCCGGUUCACAUGGCACCAAUAUCUGUACGAAGAGCUGUACGAAGAGUAUGAGAUAACAGAAUAUGAGAGUGAAGCCAAGAAACGAGCCCAAGCAUUAGCGAAAGUAAAUGUCGCAGUCUUUAUGGACUUAGAAGAACGAAGCAAGAUAGACUGGGACACCAUAUCUACUGUGCCAUCACAGGAACCAAUUGAUCCUAAUGAGAAGAAAGAUCCCCUGAUAACAUCUCUCCAGCGGUGGGUCCUGCAUCACCCUCCAGAAGAUAAAGAGAAAGAGGAAGAAACACCCACGUGAAAUUGAGUAACAGGCUUAUGAUAUGUUUUCUCAAAUGUGCUUCAGGUUAUGAAAAAAAAAAAAAAAAAAA